AUGCUCAAAACUCCGGAAUGUCCACUAUCGCACAAGUCCAAUCAAACAUCUGCAUCAGAUGGUAGUCCACUAGAGUCGCCUAAUACUGUGUCUAGACAGCAGGGCGGUACUUCAAUCGAAGAGGGUUUCUGGUUUCCAGUUUUAUUCGCAUUCCACGACGUCUUAAUGACAGGGGAAGACUUGGAAGUAAGAUCAAAUGCCUUGAAUUAUUUCUUCGAGGCCUUGCUUCGAUACGGUGGUGAUUUCCCGUCUGAUUUCUGGGAUAUACUAUGGAGACAGCAGUUAUACCCAAUCUUCAUGGUACUUCGGUCGAGACCGGAGAUGACCAAUGCUCUUAACCAUGAGGAACUGUCUGUAUGGCUAUCGACCACCAUGAUCCAGGCACUUCGUAAUAUGAUCAUCCUCUUUACACACUACUUCGAUGCCCUCGAGUACAUGUUGGAUCGCUUCCUCGAGCUGCUGGCACUUUGCAUAUGCCAAGAAAACGAUACGAUCGCUAGGAUAGGCAGCAAUUGUCUUCAGCAGCUAAUCCUGCAGAAUGUGACGAAGUUCACCGAUAGUCAUUGGGCUCAGAUCGUCGGAUCAUUCUGCGAGUUAUUCGAGAGGACAACAGCUUACCAGUUAUUCUCAGCUACAACUAUCAACGUGCCAUCCGCGCUAUCGCCACCUCCCAACGGACUAGGUUUCGAAGUACCUCUUACGCCUACAAGUGACUCGCCCACAGACGAAAGGUCGCUAAAGAUUAAUGGCACAGAUAGGGGUAGCAUUUCAUCUGGAAUCGAAUCUGCUUCAGAUGCCACUACUCUACCUCACCAUGCCGAAGACUCCUUACGUUCGCCAAAUGGCAACGCCUCGAGCCGUCUUGAAGACUACAAACCUACUUCUUCACUCCAGCAGCAGCCUGUAGUGGUAACGGCAGCUCGACGGCGCUUCUUUAACCGCAUUAUAUCUCGCUGCGUUCUACAACUCCUCAUGAUUGAGACGGUUAAUGAACUCUUUUCCAAUGACACCGUCUACUCUCAGAUACCAUCUAGAGAGUUACUGCGUUUAAUGGCGCUCCUUAAGAAAUCAUUCCUUUUCGCUAGACGGUUCAACGAGGAUAAGGACUUACGCAUGCGCCUAUGGCGGGAGGGGUUCAUGAAGCAACCACCCAACCUCCUAAAGCAGGAGAGCGGCUCGGCUGCCACCUACAUCCAGAUCUUAUUCAGGAUGUUCGCCGAUACGUCGCCGUCGCGUGCAGAGAGUCGACCCGAAGUCGAGAAGGCUCUAGUACCCCUCUGCAAAGACGUAAUCAGGGGUUACAUAGCACUAGAAGAAGAAUCGCAGCAACGAAACAUUGUAGCAUGGCGUCCAGUCGUCGUUGACGUGCUGGAGGGCUACUCAACAUGGCCGGAAAAGGAGUUUGCCGAGCACAUUCCUUCGUUCUAUCCCUUAGUAGUUGAGUUGUUGGGUAAGGAACUUAGUGCCGACCUGAGAGUUGCUCUACUCGCUGUCCUGAGAAAGGUUGGCGAAGUAGGUCUCGGGAUUGAGGGGAUGUCCGGUGGCCGGCGAGAGAGUGUUGCUAGCGUCGCCAUCAGCGGGGAGACACCAACUACGGAGUUAGAAGUCGGUGAGGUUGGUAUGGGUGGCAUAAGGGCAUGA